GCGCCUCACUGAUUUAAAUUGUUUCUUAUUACCCAAACUCUCCUCGUAUCUAUCACAAAGUGAUUGUUAUUCAACAUUAAUUCAACAGGAUCAUAAUAGAAUUUCUCUCCUCGAAGCCAAUCAGGGAAGUUCCUUUACUUGGAAAAGCAUUUCCAAAGCUACUCCUAUUCUGAGGAAAGGAUGCGCUUGGAACAUUUCGAAUGGAAAGAACACUAAGUUUUGGACUGACAUUUGGGCUAUGCAGGUACCCUUGAAGGAAAUCACAGUGGUGCCAAUCCCGGAGGAUGAGGUUCACAAACCAGUAGCAGCUUACAUUAGUGAGAUAGGUCAGUGGCGCGUGGAUCUUCUCCAACAAUGGUUGCCUUCUUAUGCCAUGGACAAGGUCACAGCAAUUGCUACGGAUAUAAUCUCUGCGGAGGAGGAUAGACUCUGUUGGCAGCCCACCUCUACCGGGGAUUUCACGGCAAAGUCAGCUUACCAGAUUGCUUUUCCUGCACCCCAGCCUACAUACCAGAAGGUGUGGAAAGCGGUGUGGAAUCUUCAAGUCCCAGAGCGCGUUAGACAUUUCAUCUGGUUGGUUCUGCUUCAUCGCAUCAAUACCAACAAAAGACGGUUUGACAGACACAUUGCUCCUGAUCCGUUCUGCCCAAACUGCAAUAACGUGCCGGAGACUAAGCUACACAUUCUGAGGGACUGUCCUACUUCCCUCUUCUUCUGGACACGAGAGGUGCCGGCAAACAGUUUGGUAGAUUUUCUGUCAGCAGACCUCGAUCACUGGGUUAGCACGAACAUUCUCAACACGGAGGCGAGAGUCCCGUGGGCAUCAAGCUUCAGCAUUGCCCUGUGGACGAUUUGGAAGAACAGGAACGAGGGCGCUUUCAGUGGUGGUAAUAAGUUACUUUCUCCCCCUUCUUUGCGGCAUGCUAUCCAUCUCAAGGUUCACAUCUGGCAUUCGGCAUGGAUGGCUCCCUCUCCUUUGUUGCUUCGAGGAAGUUUUAAGUCGAAUCGUGUCGUGACCGAUAUAGGAUGGGUGGCGCCACCUAGAGGCUGGUGUAAGCUUAACGUUGACGGGGCCUCCCAAGGGAACCCUGGGAAAGCCGCAGCAGGAGGAGUCUUCAGAGAUGAUCAACGGCGGUGGUUGGGUGGUUUCUGCUAUUCCAUUGGGGACUGCUCGGCGGCCUGCGCCGAGUUGUGGGCAAUCAAGCAAGGACUCGAGAUGGCUUGGAGGAGAGAUCUCAGACUUCUAAUUGUUGAGUCCGAUUCCCGGCUAGCUAUUGAUUUGAUUCAGCAUCGAGUGGAUCAUGUCCACCCUUUGGCCUCUCUUCUGAGAUCUAUUCGCAGGUUGGUGGCGCAGGAUUGGUUGGUCAACAUAGUUCAUACUUACCGUGAAGGGAAUAGAGUUGCGGACUGGCUCUCGAAGCACGGUCUCGUCUAUCCCCAUGGUAUGUAUGAACUGGUUGACCCGCCGGCCCCCUUGAGACCCAUAUUGCAGGACGACGAGAGAGGUGUUGUUUUACCUCGGAGUGUUGUCCAAACUCCCCAGACUCACCUGUAACCCCUUUCUUCUUUUUCUUGGCUUGCGCCUCCAAUCAAUCAAAAAAAAAAUUUCCUUACCGUAAUACUUCGUUCAUUUCCAAUAAUAAUUAUAACUUAGUUAGAACAUAGUUUUAAGAAAAUCUCUAUCUCAUUUGUAUAACACAUACUCUCAUGAUUUGAGCCAUCACAAAUCCCCAAAGGAAACCCUAAUAAUCAAGACCUAAAAAACGUGCAAUUGACUCAAAAUUCUUCCACUUUGGAGAGUCUUCCAAGAUUCAACCCCCCAAAAUGACCAUGACCACAGACCACAACCACCAAUUUGACUUUCUUUCUCUCCAAACUCCAUCAGUUUAAUUGCCCUGAAAAUCAGUCAAUUACCACAUGCCUUCUUCCCCACAAGAAAUUAAAUUAAAAAAA